GAACUGUCAACUACAACAACAACUUGUAGACGUGACAGCAAUGAAGUAUUAAGAAUGAAAAAAGUAAUUCAGUAAGAUAAAUAUCAGGUUUAUGUUUCUAAUUUAAAUAAUUAAUUGGAAACUUUAAUCAAUAUUCUUCAGAAUAAGAAUUGGCCAAUGUGUGCGGUACUGUUUCAGACUAUGACAACUGAUGGCUGGAAAGAUUGUCCUAUUAUUCAGAGCUCCUAAAGAACAUGGGGAAGAUCUAUUUGAAGUGGCUUUACAAGCUGAAGGUUACAUUACACACAAUGUUCCUGUCCUGGAGUUCCAGUUUAUGAACCUUGAUAGACUGGCAGCCUGCUUGCAGUGUUGGGAAUCCUACCAGGCUGUGGUGUUCACCAGUCAACGUGCUGUGGAGGCCACAGUUAAGGCACAGAGUCUUGCUAAAUGUUUGAAUACUGGUGAGGCCAUGAACACAAACUUGCAAUGUUUUGUGGUGGGGGAAAGCACUUCAAAAGCAGCCUGUGAGGCAGGCUUCAAGCCACAGGGUGCUGGAAGUGGAAACGCAGAGAACCUUGCAGACUACAUAACAAAAAGUUUAUUGAAACCAGGCAAACCCUUGUUGUAUCCGUGUGGAAACCUUCGACGUGACACACUGUCUUGUAAACUUAAAGUGGCUGGAUUUUCUUUAGAAGAAAUAGAAGUGUAUAAAACGGUUAAAAGCAGUCACAUAAAAGAAGAGAUUGAAGCUGUCUUACACAAAGUGGGAAGUCCAGACUAUGCAGUAUUCUUUAGUCCAUCAGGUGUACAGUGUACUGUUGAUCUACUAAAAGAUGAUACCCUAUCAUUGAAACAUGCCAAGGUGAUAGCCAUUGGUCCCACUACAGAGAGGGAGCUUGUAUCUCAGGGUAUUGAAGUCAUGGCAACGGCCCCUUUGCCCAGCCCCGAGGGCCUCCUGGCGGCAAUAGACCAACACUCCUGACAGGCGUAGCCUAGCAACUGUGAAAUGUCUUUUUAUGCUAGGCAUAUAGGAAGAAGAGAAGAGCUGAUCAUAAUUUAGAAAAAGUGCAUAUCGGUUCUGAAUUCUUAAAAACUUAAAAGCCUUGCUCUGGCAAUAUGGGGCUCAAUGCAUGUGCGUUAAGUGUUGUCCAAUAUUAGCCUGUGCAGUCCGCAAUCAGGGAUGGCACUUUCCGUUGUUAUUGGGGGUUUUUUGUUUGAAGGAAGUAAUUUCGUAGCAAAAAUCCAGUAUAUGCGGAAAAUGUGAUUCCUGAUUAUCCUGCUGAUUGCACAGGCUGCUGAUUGCACAGGCUAAUCUGGCUUAUCUGGGUAGACAUUUUAUGCAGAUGCAUUUAGCACCAUUUUCCCCAGAGUGGGGCUCAUUUAAGGCUUGUUUCAGAAUAACUGGCUGAAGUGGCUAACUUUUAUUCAUUUUGAAAUUUAUGGCAUUUUACAAAAUGGUAUUUAUGUUGUUUUAGUUCAUAUACAGGGCUUGAAUAUAUUUUAAAACACUUUUAUUGCAUUGUGAAAAGAUGAGCCUAAGCUAAAACUGUAAAACAGUUUUAUAAAUUCAUUUCAAUGUAGAUCAUUAUUUCAAUAUUUGUAUCUGCUUUUACGGGAAAUUUCUUAGCUCAUGUGUGUUUCCACAGCAAUUUACAAUUAUUUUUUUCAUAUUAUAUAUCUAUGUUAUUUAUAAGUUCGCUAAUUCCUGUCUCCAAUUUUAAUAUAUAUUAUAAUAUUACUCAGUUUAAUAUCCAGUAGGGAUAAAGAUAUAUAUUCAUGGUAAAAAAACACGGCUAGAUUGAACUUUACCGGUACGUAGUUGUUUACCACUAUCGACAAAGCGGGGGUUUGGGGGCGAUAGCUGUUGUUGUUUUUGUUUUUUAUCGAGUGCACCGGGAUUGUCUCCCAUAUGGCCAUCGCCCCUAUAAAGACUUGUUAGUUGGUUACGGGGGAUAGUGCAAGAUACAGGAGACACCCCGUUCCAGAGGUGACCCUGGGUCUUUUAGUGCCCGGUGUAUAGCACCUAGUACACUGCACCUCGGUUUAACGUCUCAUGCGAAAGACGAGUUAGUAGGUUAGGUGCAGCGGGGGAUCGAACCAGCGAUCUCUGGAUUGUGAAGCCAGUGUGUUACCACUAGACCACGGAUCAGCUAUAGCUCCCGAUACUAAGGAAAUAUAUAUGAUAAAAAAGAUUAUAAGGUGUUGCGUUAGUUGUUAUGUGUAAGGUGUUAAGGGUUAGGGUUAGGGUACGCUGUUCGAUGUUAAGUGUUGCGUACCGGUAAAGUUCAAUCGUCCCAACAACACUCUUUUUAUUCCAAUAUUUCGCCCAAAUGGGCUUUAUCAAGGUUUACAAAUAUAAAUGUACUACAUCUUUUUUACUGUCUUGUAUAUCAAUAAAGUAAAUGUUUUUCAACGUCAAAAAUGACAGGAAAUUACGUCAUACAUUACAAUGUGACAUACAAUUGCGCCAAAAUAAAUAAAUAACAUAUACCGAUUCCACUUGCUUACGUUUUCACUUGCUAACGAUUCCACUUGCUUACGUUUUUACUUGCUUACGAUUUCAUCCUCUGCAUGUUCUGUUAUCGAGUAAAGCCGAAGCGGCUGACAGCAGUUAACAUCUAAUAGUAAUGAAUUUAUAUUCAUUCGUAUUUGUUGAUACAUUUUCUUCGUUGGGUUGUUUAAAAAUAAAUUAAUAAUAAAAUCGCAUGCUUAUCAAACAGAGCAUAAAACAUUA